AUGAAGGAUAAACCGUCGUUGUUCGUCCAGCCAGACUUCUACGGGGUGUAUGUGUUGCAGCUGCAGCCGAAGCCGCGGUCGUUCUACAUUGGGUCGACGCCAGACCCGGUGCGCCGGUUGAAACAGCACAACACCCAGACCAGCGGCGGCGCUUAUCGAACCAAAAAGGUUGAUAAACAACCUUGGGACAUGAUUAUACUAUGUCAUGGCUUCCCAUCACACGUAAGUGCUUUACAGUUUGAGCAUGCGCUACAGCAUCCCUAUCAGACCAGGCACAUCCGGGAGAAGAUCACCAAGACGAAACUGGGGGCGAACUCUAUUCAUCAUAAACUAGGUAAUAUCAGAUUAUUAUUGAAAUCAGUUUUUUUUGCUAAGAUGGAUUUAUCAAUCUUGAUAUUCAAUGACGAUACUUACCAUAACUGGAGAUUGAAUAAGUUUGGAGUUCAUGUGGAGAACAGCGUCCAAUUAACCAAUUUCAAUCAUUUUUUCAACCUCAAACUAGAAAAAUCAUUAUUUAAUCAAGCUAAAAAUUAUUUAAUUUCAAAGUCAGUGGUCAAGUGUGAAAUUUGUCAAGUUGAUUUUGAAUUCAUUCCGAAUCUUGAAUGUGAUCGCUUAACAAAAGAUCUGUUGAAUUCCAUUCUUAUUCAUAACGUGGUACCAUUAAUUGCAUUUUGUGAUCAUUGUUCCUCUUGUUUCCACCUAACUUGUCUUGCUUUAAAGCUUAACUGGCCCUCAUUAUCUAAACUAGCUACUCAAUUAAGAGCUUACAUCUUACAAGAUUUCGUACAUUUAAAAUUGUCUCAAUCAAAUUAG